UCCUCUCCAGCCCUGAUGAAGGGCCUCGGCCUGAAACGUCGACUGUUUCUUACCCUCCACAGAUGCUGCCCGACCUCCAGCGUCUGCAGAAUCCCCCGUGUUUAUGUCUGUGGAGAAUCAGUAAACGUUUCUGAUGGAAGCUCUCCGUCAGAACGGAGAUUAAACAAGUUAGCUUUAAUCGUCAGCUGUGCUGUGGUGGAUGGGUCAGCGGCACAACUGGCGUCGAAUCGCAGUGUGCUGGAGGAGCUCGGGGUGUCCAACACGCUGCUCUCUUCAACUAAAUGCCGUCAACGUUCGAAAAUCCACGAGGAGGUCAAGGAUUACUAUGGAAAGAGGCUGAAGCAAACGGAAGAUCUGGUACUGAAUGCCUGUGUCACUCCUGCUAAAGCACUCGCUAAGCACGUGCACGAAGCAUUGAAAGAUGUUCACGAGAAAGUGAGCGCCAGGUAUUACGGAUGUGGACUCGUGAUUCCUGAAAGCUUGGAGAAUUGUUGGAUCCUGGAUUUGGGAAGUGGGAGUGGCCGGGACUGCUAUAUGCUCAGCAAACUGGUCGGGGAAAAGGGCCACGUGACUGGGAUAGACAUGACUGAUGGGCAGAUACAACUGGCAAAGAAGUUUGUUGACUAUCACACGAAGAAGUUUGGCUUCAGUAAACCCAAUGUGGAUUUCCUUCAAGGAUACAUUGAAAACCUUGGUGAUGUUGGAUUGAAAGACAGUACCUUUGAUAUUAUUAUAUCAAAUUGCGUAAUAAACUUAUCGCCAGAUAAAACAGCUGUGCUGGAAGAGGCCUAUCGAGUGUUAAAGGAUGGUGGUGAGAUGUACUUCAGUGAUAUCUAUGCUGACUCUGAACUGCCAGAAUCUAUCAGAAAGCACAAGGUUUUGUGGGGUGAGUGUCUGGGUGGAGCUCUCUCGUGGAAAGAGUUUCUCAAAAUUGUGGAGAAGGUGGGGUUCAGUGCUCCACGGCUGGUCAGUGCCACCAAGGUCCCCAUGGACAAUGAAGAACUCCAGAAGUUAAUUGAUGGCUACAAGUUUGUUUCUGUCACAUGCCGACUGUUCAAAAUCCCAGCCGGCACUGCGAGAGAGAAAAGCCGCGUAAGUUACAACGGCUCCAUCAUGGGCUGCACAGAGAAACUGGAGUUCGACGUCAAUUACACGUUUAAUGAAGGACAGACUGUGGUUGUGGACGAGGAAACUGCAGCGAUUCUCAACAGCUCCCGAUUUGCAGAUGAUUUCACUAUUCAGUCACUUGCCAAAGUGUCUCCCGGCUCUGCAGAAUGCCCACCCACUGAGUCACAGGCUGCUGCUGUCGUUGAUCCUUUCCAGCUGUCCGAGAAACCGGCAGAGGGACAGAAUCCAUCCUGUGCAACAGCGUGCCGCACACCGAGCAAGGGUUGCUGCUGAAUCACCUGCAUCCACUGGAGGAAAGAGAUUUGCUUGCUUAGAUAAUCAGCAAACAUAUCUAUGAAUGAUUGGAGGGAAGAGAGAGGUUGGCCUGAAGAGGGUCAGAAUUGAAUAUUGCACCAUCGUGCCUUCUUCACCACUCCACUCAUAGGAAUAGUGCAGCAGCCAUCUCUAUCCCCGUGUGAUUGUGGGACUGCUGAGGUCAUGUAUUGCCUCCUGCAGCUGGUCCUGCUGAAUUCAACGUGUAAUCUUAAAUGAUGCUUUUUUAGAAACUCCCAAGAGUUUCUGUGUUGGGUGUGCCUGUGACAAGGUCACAGUGCACAACAAUCCAACAUAUACUUCAUGGGCAAUGUCAAUGGAAAGUGAUUUUGCUUUUUAAUCUACCUGAAGGGUUGUGGGAGGGGGGAAGAAAUUCCUCUUCGUAGGUGAAUGUGACUCCAUUCUGAGAGCUAUUGGCGCCAACGAAGUUCAAAGUACAUUAAUUAUUGUAUUCAUAUUUAAUACAACCUUGAAAGGUCUUUCAGGCAGCCGCAAAACAAAGAACCUAUUAAAAAACAAAGUCUGUCAAACAUCCAAUUUGCAGAGAGAGAAAAGAAAAACAAUAAAAGCCAGCAGAUAGCAUUCAGAACUGAAGCGUUAAGAAAACGAGGCCAGAGACACGAAGCCGGGCAUCAAUGCAGCCAGAGCUGAGCCAACACGGCAGCACUGCGAGCAGAACCCCCAGUCCCGAUACCCCGAUCACAUCUCAGCUCUUACCAGACCAUAGAGAAGGCUCAAAGCUCACGCUUUCAGACUGGCUAGGAUUCUGGAUACAGCAGAGGGCUGAGGUUUCUAUUUCUUGGAUGAGAGUUGACUGCUUGAAUCUUCAAGCCAUAGAAGGCUGCAGUGUCAUUCUGGUUAAUGAAGACUGCGGUUGGCAUGGAUUGUGAGCUGCAGAGAGCAUUGCCGUUUGAUAACUGUAUGUAAACUGAGUGCUUCAGCCAUUGUGCUCACCAACUUUGUCUUUGACCUUUGAUCUGUGUGACUGAUCUAUGGGAUGGAGGAGGAGUAAAAAGAUUAGCCUUGACAUUGGAUAGCUGAUCAGACUAACAAAGCCCCUUAGCCAACUUCUGCUUUUCCUAUGCAAUAAACACAAUUGAGUAAA